AGUCUGUGUGUGUUGUGGAACAGCUGACUGUGCAGUGGGUGGUGCGAAGGAGGACGCUUCUGUCUAUUUCGAACUGCUACCGACCCCCAUAGCAAAACAAUAAAACAAAUCGAGUUAUUGUACCGAUCAUCAUCUACACCUCGACAUGGCCGAGACGGAUCCCAAGUCGGUGCAGGACCUCACCAACGUGGUCCAGACGCUGCUGCAACAGAUGCAGGACAAGUUCCAGACCAUGUCAGACCAGAUCAUUGGAAGGAUCGAUGAGAUGAGCACUCGCAUCGAUGAUUUGGAGAAGAACAUUGCAGACCUGAUGACCCAGGCUGGUGUCGAAGAGAUUGAGGCAGCACCGGAAAAGGCUAAAGAGGGUCAAGGCUCAUAGUGAAGGAAACAAGGUGUGAAGGUUGGGCCUAAAUCCAGGAGCAGCAGACUUUUUCUUUUAGAAAAAACCUACUUCUAUCGAUUUGGUGUGUCGUUGUGUGAAAUGCUUUUUUAUAUAUAUUGACUAUUGUGAAAAAAGGUUACAGUUGUGUAAUGACAUGGAAAGCUGGACAUUAUUUGUGGGCUAGAAUAGUGCGAUAUGUCCCUCCAGAACUUUAAAAACGCUAAUGUGCAGGAAUGCGACUUGUGGAUUUCGUGUGUCGACCUGGAGGUCUUUUUUUCCUCUCUCCCCGCUGCCAUCGUAUAUCGCUGUUAAUUCAGUCCCAGGAGGUGAGGCCGAUGGGGAAGGCUUUGUCCAAGCCUGUGCUGAGAAGCUUACCCCCCAGGUCAACAGGCCAGUAGAACCGCCAACCCCCACCAACAUAAGAGCUGGGCACCAUGAACAUCUGAAGCCCCCGCAGUGUUUUACAAACGGCACUGUCACGACCAAGAUGUUGGAUGCAUUCCAUUUCCCCUUUUGAUUUUCUGCUAUUAAAGAUAUUUAAUACUA